AUGGACACUGCCCUGCUACUCGGGGUGGAAGGAAUCAAGAAAACCAUCCUGCAUGGAGGCACCGGGACACUCCCAGACUUCAUCACCGGGUCCCGAGUGACCUUUCAUUUCCGCACCAUGAAAUGCGACGAGGAGCGGACGGUGAUCGACGACAGCAGGCAAGCGGGCCGGCCGAUGCACAUCAUCAUUGGGAACAUGUUCAAGCUGGAGGCCUGGGAAAUCCUGCUGACGUCCAUGCGCCUGAAUGAGGUGGCCGAGUUCUGGUGUGACACCAUUCACACAGGGGUCUACCCCAUCCUGUCGAGGAGCCUGCGGCAGAUGGCCGAGGGCAAGGACCCCACAGAGUGGCACGUGCACACCUGUGGGCUAGCCAACAUGUUCGCCUACCACACACUGGGCUACGAGGACCUGGAUGAGCUGCAGAAGGAGCCCCAGCCCCUGAUCUUCGUGAUCGAGCUGCUGCAGGUCGAGGCCCCGAGUGAGUACCAGAGGGAGACCUGGAACCUGAGCAACCAGGAGAAGCGGCGGGCGGCGCCCAUCCUCCACGGAGAAGGGAACCGGCUCUUCAAGCUGGGCCGCUACCAGGAGGCUUCGGCCAAGUACCAGGAGGCCGUCGUGUGCCUGAGGAACCUGCAGGCCAAGGAGAAGCCCUGGGAAGCGCCGUGGCUGCAGCUGGAGAGGCUGGUCAGCACCCUCGUCCUCAACUACUGCCAGUGCCUGCUGAAGGCGGAGGAGUACUACGAGGUGCUGGAGCACGCCGGCGACGUCCUCCGCCACCACCCAGGCGUCGCGAAGGCCUACUACGUGCGGGCCCGGGCGCACGCCGCGGUGUGGAACGAGGCGGAGGCCAGGGCCGACCUGGCGAAGGUGCUGGAGCUGGAGCCGUCCAUGCGGAAGGCGGUGAACCGGGAGCUGGCGCUGCUGGAGACGCGCGCGCGGGAGAAGCGGGAGGAGGAGCGCCGGCGCUGCAGGGACAUGCUGCGCUAG